CUUCCGGUUUAUAGAAAACAAAAGAGUACUGAAAACAAAAUAACACUCACGAAAAUGCCAAUCUGUGGGCCUAAAUUAUCGAUAUGUUGUACACUACUGAGUAUAUGGGGAAUUAUCCAGUUGGCUUUGCUGGGAAUAUUCUUCCAAAUUCACAGUCCUGCAUUGUUUGAAGAUAUUCCUCUGAAAGAAGAAGAUUGGGAGGAGCACAACUUUUCCAUGAGUUUUGUUCAUGAACAGUACGAGAAAACUGCAAUUAACUGUUUCAUUGGGGCAGGAAUUUAUGUAGCCUUCUUUAUCUUCUCCUAUUGUCAGUUCAGGAUGAAUUCAAGAACCAACUACGAGCAGAGUUAGACUGCAUCAAAUUCUCUUUAUGUGUUGAAGAUUCCAAUUAACUCAAGAAAUUUCAUGAACACUUAAACAAUGAUAGUCAAGACUUCAUUAGAGAUGGGGAUACAAUAACUGUUAUACAAUUUUGGUCAUUAUGUUCACACAAGCUAGCAUGACGCUUGUUUCCAGUACUACUAGUUAAGGGGAAUAUACUGGCUAGAAAGCAAUUUUAUUUAGAUAGUAUUUGUAGAUACAUAAUGUGAUAUAAUUUAAGUGGUUAAAUAUGGUUACUGUGUUUGACUAACCAUUCCUUGAAAAAUAGAUGUUUUAUUUGUGUAAUUAUUUAUUAUAUUUGUAGUGCAUGUAUUUUCAAAUAUUUAAGCAGUUAAAGGUCAUGCUUUCUUAUUACAUUGUAUUCAUCUUGAAAUCCUAUUGUUGAAUACAUUACCAGCAUUCCUGACAUAUUUAUGUUUGUGAUAACUAUAAUAUGGAUACCAUGAAUGUGUUAAAAUAUCAAAGAAAGAAAAAAGGAGCAAUUAACAUGUUACAUGUAGUAACAUGUUAGUUAGUACAAUGUAGAUAUCUGCCUAAAUUUAGUUUCCAAUGAUACAUGUACAUGUAUCUGUAUAAAUCAGAUACUUGUAAAAAAUGUUUAACAGUAAUAGUACUGAGUAUUAAUGAAAAGGAAUUUUUAUAUUUAGUACUAGUCCUUUGAAACUUUUAAACAAACAUUAUUUAAAGAUCAUCAUGACAAGUCUUCUAAAUAUAAAUACAAUGAGUAUUUGCAUUUUUUCCAUUUGUUAUUGUCUUAAACUUUUUUCUUUUUUUUACAUAAAUUCAUGUGAGAGAGGAAUAUUUUAUGUGUUGUUUGAAGCAGUGUUUACUCUGGAGAGUUUUAUGUUGUAUAAACAAUAGUGUAUAAACAAGUCAUAUUUCAAUUACAUUGAAGAAUGUUUAUUCUGGAAGACUUUAUAUGUUAUUAAAUAAAUCAAGAGUCAUUUA